AUGGCGAAGGACUCCCCCGAAUCGCUAUCCACCCCCCAGAAGCUGGUCCUCCCAUCCUCCUACGCCAAAGCACCUUACACCCAAAUCCGCUGCCAUCAUGUCCCCGCCUCCUCUUCCGAAGUGACCCCCGUAAUAGUCGUCGAACUCUACCGCCCGAAAAAUCACAAUGCCUUCACAACAACCAUGAUGUCCGAGCUCGAAAACGCCUUUACCCUCUUCGACAUCGACGAUCGCGUAAAAGCCAUUGUUGUGACCGGCCAAGGACGAAUCUUCUGCGCCGGCGCGGAUUUGGAGACAGGCUUUAUAGGCGGACAGGAAGCGUUCCGGGAUCAUCGUGAUGGUGGUGGACGGGUGGUGCUGGCGAUUCAUCGGUGUCGGAAGCCGGUUAUUGGGGCGUUGCAGGGGAGUGCGGUGGGGAUCGGGAUUACCAUGACGUUACCGAUGAGUAUCAGGGUGGCGUAUGAGAAGGCGAAGAUCGGGUUUGUGUUUAGUCGGCGAGGUCUGGUGAUGGAGGCCUGUUCGAGUUACUUCCUCCCUAGACUGAUUGGCAUGUCAAAAGCCCUCCACCUAACAACUACCGGCUCGACCUACCCAGCCAACCACCCCUUACUCAACACCCUCUUCUCCGAGACUCUAUCAACCCCAGAAGCCGUCCUGCCCCGUGCCCUCGAGAUCGCCCAAGAAGUCGCCGCCAACACAUCAACAGUCUCCACCUUCCUCAUGCGCGAAAUGAUGUACCGCGAUACUGGCAGCGCCGAAGGCCAACACUUACUCGACAGCAAAGUCAUCUACGAGCUCUUCGGCAGCAAAGAUAACAAGGAGGGCGUGCAGUCAUUCUUGCAGAAACGGGAGGCGAACUUUUCGGGGACGAUGCAAAAUGAUGCUCCAGGAAGCUGGCCUUGGUAUAUACCGGUUGAUACUUCGAACAGGCCAGUGGCGCAGGGGUAUAAGUACAAUGCUAAGCUGUAG